AUGGAAGAACUGGAGGUGGAGGUUCGAGGCUCCAACGGGGCAUAUUAUAAGGGCUUAGUCAAAGACAUCCACAAUGACUCCCUCACCAUUGCCUUUGAGAACAAUUGGCAACCAGAACGCCAGGUGCCCUUCAGUGAUGUCAGGAUGCCACCUCCUGCUGAUGCCAAGAAAGAGAUUAGAGAGGGUGAGGAGGUGGAGAUCCUUUCCCGGGCUAACGAGCUGGAACCUUGUGGCUGGUGGCUAGCUAAAGUCUGCAUGACGAAAGGAGAUUUCUUUGUUAUUGAGUAUGCUGCUUGUGAUGCCACCUACAAUGAGAUUGUCACCUUUGAGCGCUUGCGCCCAGUCAACACCAACAAGGCAAUCACUAAUAAUUACUUUCACAAGUGCAGUAUCACUAUUCCUCAGGAUCUUCAAGAAGCGUGUCAGACUGAUAAUGCCCAUAAAGACUUCAAGAAAGCUGUGGGAGCCUGUCAAGUGUCAUACUGUCCUGAGACCAGCAAGCUGAUCAUUUUGUCCACCAAUGAGUCAACAGUUAAGCGUGUGUCUUUGCUGAGUGACAUGCACCUCCGCAGCCUCAGAACCAAACUUAUGCUCAUGUCCCGCAACCAGGAAGCUACAAAACACCUUGAGAACUCUAGACAUCUGGUAUCAUCCUUCCAAGAAGAGUUUACGGUGAGGACAGAUUUAAUGGGGCUGGCAAUUGGCAGUCAUGGCAGUAACAUUCAGCAAGCAAGGAAAGUUGCAGGUGUCACCGCCAUUGAUUUGGAUGAGGAGACUGGCACCUUCAGAAUUUAUGGAGAGACAGCAGAAGCAGUGAAGAAGGCAAGAAACUUCCUAGAGUUUCUGGAGGAUUCUGUCCAGGUACCAAGAAACCUAGUUGGUAAAGUCAUUGGCAAGAAUGGAAAGGUCAUUCAGGAGAUUGUGGACAAGUCUGGAGUGGUGAGGGUCAGAAUAGAAGGAGACAAUGACAACAAGCAACCCCGACAAGAGUUGACACAGGGAAUGGUCCCCUUCACCUUUGUCGGAACUAAGGAGAGUAUUGGAAAUGUCCAAGUCUUGCUGGAGUACCACAUCUCAUACCUCAAUGACAUGAUGGAGCUUCUUGUGCAGAGCCACCAGCUAGAGGAAGAGCUGAGAAAUAUUGGGGAUAACUCACAGGGAUGCAGCCUAGCACGAUUAAGAAUAAGUGGCACAAGGCACACAGGAUGUGUAGAUGAGGUUGAGCAACUUCGUCUGGAGCGGAUGCAGAUUGAUGAGCAGUUGCGUCAGCUUACGCAAGGCCACCGACCUGGGGACAGGGAGAGAGGAGGAGGGGCAUAUAACACAGACGGCAGUGCCAAUGUGUCGUCGUCCUCAUCUCAUGUUGGACGUUCCUACAACAACCGAGGCCGUGGGCGCAGAGGCCACGGCUACAAUUCUGGAUAUGGCACCAACUCUGAGCACUCCAAUGCGUCGGAGACUGACUCUGAGCGUCGAGAUGAAAUCGGUGAUUGGUCUCAAGCCACUGAGGAUCAAGUGAGGGAGAGGGACAGAGGCCAGCGUCCACAGAGAGAUAAUCGCAGGAGACCAGGACCUGGCAGAGGAAGAGGAGGACGAGGGAGAGGAGGAUAUAAUAAUAGCGCAGCAGGGCCUCGGGGUGGCAACACAGAGACAAACACUGAGACAGACCAGACGGCCGACACAGAUGCUAGUGAGUCCAACUUGCUUGCGACUCGCCAGCGAAAAUCUCGCCGACGUCGAACAGAUGAGGACACCACACUGAUGGAUGGGAUGAGUGAAUCGGACAACGCUUCUAUGAGUGAAAAUGGAAUAGAUGACUCUGAAGCUCAACCUCAGCGUCGUAAUCGUAGUCGACGGCGUCGUAUUCGUCUGCCUGAAGAAAGGCAGCCAGUGACAGUGGCCGACUUCAUGUCCAGGGCUGACUCUCAGAGCAGACAGAUGACAACCAAGGAUCAUGAGAUGAAGAAGGAUGAGGGUAAGGUGGAUUCCAUACCAGAGCACAGCCCAGAGUCCCCUUCCACAGCUGCCAAUGGUUCGGACAAAAGUGCCACCCAAGAUAAAAGGUCUUCCACUGAGGCGUCCACCAAAAUCACUGAAGAAGGGGACUCUAACCCCGAACCUGUUGUUAAUGGCCUCUCAUAG